AUGUGUAGGUUUUUGAGUCUUUUGAACAUUGGAACAACAUUUUGACGUUUUGAAGACUUCAGCGACGAAAAGGAAAGGCCAGUUGGUUCUCGUUAUGAGGGAUCGAAACUCCUUCGAAAGGUUUCUAUUUUAUAUUUUUUCUUAAAUAUUUUAUCUCAUGUUCAAGAUACAUAAAAGUCACGAACAGUUGAAACGACAUAACCCAGAUGUCGUCAUUUCCGAAGAGCCAACACAGGUUCGCGUUUCACAGCUCAAUUAUAGGCAGCUUUGACCCUUUUUUAUCUUAUUUGUUUUCUUGAUAAAUUUUUAAAAAAUCUGACGUCUAAACACCAAUCUUACAGAACUUGCUAGUAGGAAACAGUAGCGUGCUAUGUGGAGUUUCGUUGGAAGAACUUGAGGCGAUUUUUCCGACCACUUGAUCCGGGAUGCCAGUUUUUCGUAUACCCGAAUAAAAGGUUUUUUUAAAAAAUAAGAACGCUUGAAACUUCUGUUUUUAAGGUCUUAUUCUUUCAUUCAAUGUUCGGACGCUUAUUUGGCGACGAAAAUCCGGAAAGAAUUCAAUGGAUUUGUUCAUCCGAAGCUAAAAUCCUCUCACCAACCUUUCGUCAUUUCUUUCGUAAAAAAUGGUAUUUUUUUCGGAAUUCGUUGAAAAGUUUUAUGUUGAACGGGAGAAAAAAAAGUCGUAGAUUAAUAUGUGUAUUUGAAAAAGUUAAGAAGAAAAUUGCUGUAUGAGAAGGCAGAAGCCUUGCUUAAUCGGAAUCAGAUUGAGAACUGCUCUUUUUCUUAGGAAUUUAAUGAAAUUUGAAUAUUCUUCUUCAGAAACCUCGGCGAUUUUUUUGAUAAUUAUUCAAGAAAAAAAUAUUUGAAAAAAAGUUUCAGUACCUGAGAAAGGAAUCGCAGAAACUUUCCGGCCUGAUGGCCUUGCCGUUCUUGAUAAUUAUAUAAGCAAAGACGAAGAAAAGACUCUGACUGACUUCAUCUUCAGUCACCCGAAGGGUCAGUACAUCUCCAAUUAAAAACUGAAAUUCCAAAGUUUAGUGAAGAUGCUGAAACAUCGAGCCGUGUUGCACUUUGGCCACGAAUUCGACUACGAUACGAAUUCAGCCUUUCGGGAAACUGAGCCGAUUCCAGAGAUUAUUAACGAUUUGGUGAAAAAGUUGAAGUACGAUGGUUACAUUUCGGCGUGGCCUGACCAAGUAUUUUUGUUAUCCAAAGAUAAAAAUGAAGGAAUUUAUCGUUAAGAUCACUGCCAAUAUAUAUGAACCUGGUCAUGGAAUCCCAUCGCACUACGAUACCCAUUCCGCUUUUGAAGAUCCUGUAGUUUCACUAAGGUUGGUAUCUUUAGAGGAAUCCAAAAAAAAAGCUGAUUUUCAGCAUGCUUUCUGACGUUGUUAUGGAGUUCAAAGACGGGGCGAACUCGGCUAGAAUUGCGCCAGUUUUGUUACCGAGAAGAUCUUUGUGUUUGAUUCAGGGAGAAUCGCGGUAUCGUUGGAAGCAUGGGCUCGUUUCUUUUGAUUUGAAAGAAACAUUUUUUUUUUUGCCGUUCUUUCUUGGGAAUCUUAUCUGAUUCUCAAAAAGAAACUGGAAACGUAAUAUAUUCAGUUGAUUGACUGCGUACUUGAGCAAAAACUUGAAGAGUAAAUAGUAGUAAGUAGAACAUGACACCAGGUCUUUUUUGCUAUUUCGGAGGUUUUAGAAAGGUUAAUUUCCAUUUUAUAAUCUGAUCAUAUUCAUGAAAGUCAUGCAAAGUUCGUUGAAGCAUAGUUAAAAAUUUUAUUAUAAUUUUUUUAAAUCUUGUUUCAGAAUCGUGAACCGCAAACACGACGUUGAUCCAAGAACGAAUCGAGUGAUUCCGAGGCAAAUGAGAGUUUCGUUGACUCUGCGGAAGAUCCGGACGGUUCCGUGCAAAUGUCCUUGGAAGGAGUUCUGCGACUGGGACCGAGAAGGUUGACAUCGUUCUUGAUAAGACGCAAUCGAGGCUUAUUUAUCCAUUCUUGUCGCUUUCUUGUCUUAGGACUUUUGUUUCCAGCACAGUGUACGGUAUAACUUUGGAUGAAGCUUUUCCGAAAUUUACUAACGGACUUCCUUUUGAAGCGGCUCAAUUAGAAAACUAGAUCUAUUGCGAAAAUUAUUUUUCUAGUUCAGUAUGAUGGAGGCGAACCAUUCUCAAAUCCCAACAAUUUUCCCUAGCCAUUUCGAAUUAAAGUCAUUACUCUCAACCUGAAGAUGAAAACUGUUUUUAUUUUUUCCGACAGUACCGCCCUGUUUAAAAAAAAUCGUACUCUCGUUUUUUAGUAAAUUUUUGUAAUCCAACCGUUUCUCCUGAAAAAAAUGGAGCUGUUCCCUUGACCAUUUACGAUGAACCUUUGAGGAUCUCUACUCAUUUUCCAGAAAUAGAUUCACAAGUAUUUUGCUUUUGUUAAGGAGAAAUGGGUGUCCCAAAAAGUGGGAACGAAGCCGAAAGGUUGGAAGGAUCUUACGUUGCCGACGUCUAUGAAAAUAUUGCCUCCCAUUUCGACGAAACUCGGCAUUCCAGUUGGAAGGCUGUCAAAAAGUUUUGAACUUCUUUAAUUUUUUUCUUAUGCAAUCGUUAGAUUUAUCGACGAUAUUCCUCGGGGCUCGGUUAUGUACGACGUUGGAUGCGGCAAUGGAAAAUACUUGAUUGCGCAGGACGGCUUGAUAAAGGUGCGUUCAUUUGAAAGGAGAAUUUACAGGUGAAUUUCUUCAGAUAGGAUGCGACAUGUGCAACGGUCUCUGUGUAAUAGCAGCUAAGAAAGUUGGUCAACUUUAUUUUCUGAGAAUUUUUAUUAAAAAAAUUAGAAAUUUCUAACAAAUAAUUAUGGCGAAAAGAGUUUUUGUAUGCCAAAAAACUAGAAAUGGCUUCCAAGAGGGAAUAUUCUGAUUUUUAGUUCUUUGGGGCUGAUCUUGAAAAAUAUUUUUUUAAUGAGCAUCUUCACAAUAUAAAUUUUCCCAGAAACUCUUGGGCCAGGCGAAAAAUUGGAAUUCUUUUUUCGAGAAUACAAGUGGUCUUUUAUGAUUUUUCUUUCUUAUGAUUUCUUGAUUUUUCGAGAAAUCUUUUGUGAAUUAAAUGUAUUUUCAUUCUCCAGGGAUGCCACGUAAUGCGCGCCGACGCCUUGAAAUUGCCUUUCCGAGAAAAAUCUGCGGAUGCCGUUAUUUGUAUCGCCGUCCUUCAUCACAUUGCAACGUUGGAACGUCGUAGACAACUUGUUGAAGAGAUUCUGAGGGUUUGAAAAGAAAUCUGAUAGCUUUUUGGUACAUUUAGUAAUAGGUUCUGAAACCGGGAGGCUGCGCUUGUGUGACGGUUUGGUCGAUGGAUCAGUCCCACUCGGAAUACGCCAAAAUGCGGGGGAAUAAGGUGAAAAUGUUUUUUUGGAAGAUAAAUUUUGAUUUUUACAGGACGAAAACGAGGCAAUAGGAAAAGGACAGAAUCCUGGAAAAACGGAAGGUUUUUUCUCAAAAAAAAAUGAAGUUAGGAUUCAUGAGUCUGAGUUUUGAGCUCGAAGAAGGAGGAGUUGUUGGAAAUUUUUUAUGAAGAGAACGGGAUUUUCGAUCAUUCAUGUGAUCGAAUUCCAAUGAGGAGAUCAUAUUUCAUUUCCAAUUUUGACAUGAAAACGUAGAACGUUCUAAUCCGUGUUUCCAGCUUUUAAUUGUAAGAGUUCACAUCGAAAAACCAUUGGUUUUAAGUUUCAUUCUGUAAUAAAUAAAGUUUUCGAAACGUACUUUUGUUUGGUUUGAGAAGAAAUGACCUAUACAAAAAAUCAGUGCUGGUCUUUAAAAGCGAUAGUCGUUUUCAGAGUUUCUUUAGGUUAUCCGAGAUUCCCGUACUUAUAAAAAUCACAGAAGAACAAAAUCUAUCGAAUCUGGUCGCUCUGAAAUUUUUAAAUGAAUUGAGCCAAGGGGAUAAAGAGAUCAAAAUUUCCCCUUUUUGAAAGUACUUAGAGAAUCAAAAUAGUAGUCUCUUUCAUUUUUCAGAUCUAAAGAAGAACAAGGCCGAGAGGCUGAAAGUUCAUGACGGCAAAGACUUCGAGCAACAAGACGUGUUGGUUCCUUGGGUCAUCGACCAGGAAAACAAGACUUUCUUGAGGUUUUAGCUCUAGCAUUUUUGAUGUUGAAUCUUUCUUUUUUGAAGAUAUUAUCACGUUUUUCGCGAAGGAGAAGCCGAAGAAUUGAUGCAUUCAGUUGAUGGAUGUCAGAUGGUCAGCGUUGAAAAAGAACAAGGAAAUUAUAUUUUCGUGUUCCGAAAGUCUUGA